CGGAUGUGAUUCGAUUCACUUCCGGGGGAGCCCAAUCAGGCGCCAUCUUGUCUUGUUCGUGAAGUAGAAGAAGCAUCGAAAGGGUUGGGGAGGCAUUACGGGAACGGUGGCGGCCAGGCUGUUCCGGAACCGGAGUGGGACAAUUUUUAGGCCUGUGUGGUUUUCAGUGACUCGAUGCCCUCACAUCAGUUCCUCAGAGGAAUGAGGUCCUUAGGGUAGACCCUCGCCCAAUGUGACUGCUCGAAUGAAGAAAUUAGGACGCAGAGGGAACACUCUGUAAAGACCGUAUAGUCCAGAGGUCCAGCUCCCGGCCAAGCAGUGCCAGGAAUUAAACUCACAGCUUCACACAUGCAAGGGCUUAAGUAAUCUUGCUGCUAUGAUUCUAAACUGUAGUCUGAAUCAACAUAAAUUUUAAGAAAAAAGGGCAAUCUCUGAGACAGAAAAUCAAAUAUUUUUUAAAAGUCAGGAUGUGGGAUCAAGGAGGACAGCCUUGGCAGCAGUGGCCCUUGAACCAGCAACAAUGGAUGCAAUCAUUCCAGCACCAGCAGGAUCCAAGCCAGAUUGACUGGGCUGCAUUGGCUCAAGCUUGGAUUGCCCAAAGAGAAGCUUCGGGACAGCAAAGCAUUGUAGAACAACCACCAGGAAUGAUGCCAAAUGGACAGGAUAUACCUACAAUGGAAUCUGGUCCAAACAAUCAUGGGAAUUUUCAAGGGGAGUCCAACUUUAAUAGAAUGUGGCAACCAGAAUGGGGAAUGCAUCAGCAACCCCCACACCCCCCUCCAGAUCAGCCGUGGAUGCCACCAACACCAGGCCCAAUGGACAUUGUUCCUCCUUCUGAAGACAGCAACAGUCAGGACAGUGGGGAAUUUGCGCCUGACAACAGGCAUAUAUUUAACCAGAACAAUCACAACUUUGGUGGACCACCCGAUAAUUUUGCUGUGGGGCCAGUGAACCAGUUUGACUAUCAGCAUGGGGCUGCUUUUGGUCCACCGCAAGGUGGAUUUCAUCCUCCUUAUUGGCAACCAGGACCUCCAGGACCUCCAGCACCUCCUCAGAAUCGAAGAGAAAGACCAUCAACAUUCAGAGAUCGACAGCGUUCACCUAUUGCACUUCCUGUGAAGCAGGAGCCACCACAAAUUGAUGCAGUAAAACGCAGAACUCUUCCAGCUUGGAUUCGGGAAGGUCUUGAAAAAAUGGAACGUGAAAAGCAGAAGAAGUUGGAGAAAGAAAGAAUGGAGCAACAACGUUCACAGUUGUCCAAAAAAGAGAAGAAGACCACAGAAGAUGCUGAAGGAGGAGAUGCUCCUCGUUUACCUCAGAGAAGUAAAUUUGACAGUGAUGAGGAAGAUGAAGACACGGAAAAUGUUGAGGCUGCAAGCAGUGGAAAAGUCACUAGAAGUCCAUCACCAGUUCCUCAAGAAGAGCAGAGUGAACCAGAGAUGACAGAAGAAGAGAAAGAGUAUCAAAUGAUGGUACUGACAAAAAUGCUUCUAACUGAAAUUCUACUGGAUGUCACAGAUGAAGAAAUUUAUUACAUAGCCAAAGAUGCACACCGGAAAGCAACGAAAGCUCCUGCAAAACAGCUGGCACAGUCCAGUGCACUGGCUUCCCUAACCGGACUCGGUGGACUGGGUGGUUAUGGAUCAGGAGACAGUGAAGAUGAGAGGAGUGACAGAGGCUCUGAGUCAUCUGACACUGAUGAUGAGGAAUUACGGCACCGAAUCCGGCAAAAACAGGAAGCUUUUUGGAGAAAAGAAAAAGAGCAGCAGCUAUUACAUGACAAACAGAUGGAAGAAGAAAAGCAACAAACAGAAAGGGUUACAAAAGAGAUGAAUGAGUUUAUCCAUAAAGAGCAAAAUAGUUUAUCACUACUAGAAGCAAGAGAAGCAGACGGUGAUGUGGUUAACGAAAAGAAAAGAACUCCAAAUGAAACGACAUCAAAUUUAGAAUCAAAAAAAGAACAUAAAGAUAAAGAGAAACAAGGACGGAGUAGAUCAGGAAGUUCUAGUAGUGGUAGUUCCAGUAGCAAUAGCAGAAGCAGUAGUACUAGUAGUUCUGUUUCUAGCUCUUCAUAUAGUUCUAGCUCAGGUAGUAGUCGCACUUCUUCGAGAUCUUCUUCUCCUAAAAGGAAAAAGAGACACAGUAGGAGUAGAUCUCCAACAAUUAAAGCUAGACGUAGUAGGAGUAGAAGUUACUCUCGCAGAAUUAAAAUAGAGAGUAAUAGGGCUAGAGUAAAGAUUAGAGAUAGGAGAAGAUCUAAUCGAAAUAGCAUUGAAAGAGAAAGACGGAGAAAUCGAAGUCCUUCCCGAGAGAGACGUAGAAGUAGAAGUCGCUCAAGGGAUAGGCGAGCCAAUCGAUCCAGUCGAAGUAGGAGUCGAGAUAGACGUAAACUUGAUGAUCAACGUGGAACUCUUAGUGGGAGCAGUCAUAAGCAUAAAGGUGAGGCUAAAGAACAAGAGAGGAAAAAGGAGAGAAGUCGAAGUAUAGAUAAAGAUAGGAAAAAGAAAGACAAAGAAAGGGAGCGUGAACAGGAUAAAAGGAAAGAGAAACAAAAGAGGGAAGAAAAAGAUAAGUUUAGUAGUCAAGAUGAUAGGCUAAAAAGGAAACGAGAAAGUGAAAGAACAUUCUCUCGGAGUGGUUCUAUAUCUGUUAAAAUCAUCAGACAUGAUUCUAGGCAGGAUAAUAAGAAAAGUAUUGCCAAAGAUAGUAAAAAACAUUCAGGCUCUGAUUCUAGUGGAAGAAGCAGUUCUGAAUCCCCAGGAAGUAGCAAAGAAAAGAAGGCUAAGAAGCCUAAACAUAGUCGAUCGCGAUCCGUGGAGAAAUCUCAAAGGUCUGGUAAGAAGGCAAGCCGCAAACACAAGUCUAAGUCCCGAUCAAGAUCAACAACCCCUCCCCGUCGUAAACGUUGAGGAAUGAUGUGGCAAGAAUGCCAUGAUGUUUUAAAAAAUUCCAUGAGUUUUAAGGGCUUGUCUCAUUAUAGAGGCACAUUGUGGCUGUGUAGGUGAAACCAGAAUUUUUUUUUUUAAUCUGUAAAUAGGUGUACUUUUUCCAAAUGCUGCUCCAAGUUACUUAAUAGGAUUUCUUUAUAUUGCAUUUUUUUUCCAAAAAAAAUAGUGCAUAAUAAGACUAUAAACAUGCCAUUCUCUUUCAGCUGUAAUGUUCAUAAAACUAUUCUUGAAUGUACUGUGAUGUCAAUAAAGCUCUUUAGUUCAUUUUUGUUAACCUCUUGCACCUUACUUUUAUGAUUUUAAUUGAAGGAACGUACUUUUAUUAAAAGGCAGCUGGAAUUUUGUAUAACAGGUUUUAAAAGUACUUCCUCUCAUUUCCCCCAAAGAAAAUGGUUUUAGCUUAAUAGCUUGUCAAUGUUUGUAAAUUGUACCCAUGAAUCUUUGUCAAAUUCUAACAUAAGGAUAUGAAAAGGGCCAGAAAUAGAUGUUUACUUUUCACUGGACGCAUCCAACAACUUUCACAGCCAACAACUUUCUAAACUUUUCUUUCUAUUUUGAGGAUUUUCAAAUAAUUUAUUUUAUGUGUAUAUGGUUCACUCCUGUAAGAUGAAAUUGCUGGAAUUAAGACAGUUCAUUCAAGUUAUUUAUAAGAAACAAUUGUGUUUGACGCUAGUCAAGUCUGAAACUAUUUUCUGCAGUCAUACACUUCUGUUUUAGAAGCAUAUUGUUAACACUUUGGGUUAUGAAAAUAAGAUUCACAACUCAGUAUACUUACUCUUUUUAAGUAUUAGUAUAAUCUCAGCUAAGUGGAAGAAUACUGUAUUAUAAGCAGGUUUGUCAGUUUCAUUAAAUUUAAAUGGUCUUGUUUUGUCCAUUUCUUAAAAUUAUGAUCAGUGAGAGUGGUAUAUCAAUUUGAGGUAGUCAUUACUUAUGAGGAAAUGAGACUCUGAAAGGCAUUUAAGUUUUCAACUGCUUUCAGGGUCUGUUUACGAUUGUUCACUUACAUGGCAAUAGAUAAACCUCUUAUACAUUUUUUUUUUUAAAUUUAAAAGGAGAAAAGCAGGAGCAAGUUAUUAGAAAAGUUUAAAAUAUGCCUUCUUACCAGCAAUAGUUUAUUUUAAACUAAGCCAGAUUUUGCCAAGAUCAGUAUUUCCUCAAAAUGAAGAUAGAUUUGUAUAGUGCACUCUUAUACCUCUAACAUAAGUUCUUAAUAAUUUCGAGCAAUUAUGCAUUUAUCUAGAGGAAAUAAAUCAACUGUGAAUACAUGCAUGUUUACCAUUUUGGUUGUUUUACAGUGCAUUUUCGUUCUGAUAUUUAUAAAAUUAACAUUUCACAGAGGAACUUUAAUUAGUUUGGAGUCCUAGUUUUGAGUCAUUCACACCUAGAGACAAAGGAAAAUGUGCAAUAUUUUUUAUGUAGAUUAGCUAACACUGUACUUAAUUUCAGAAUUAACUAUUCAGUUAAUUUGUAAAAGAUAGUUGUAUAACUUUUUCAUAUCUUAAUAUGUUUUUUAGAUCAAUCUUCAAGUGAAAUAAUAUUUUCAAAAUAAAAUUCUAUAGAAAAGCUCAGCUGGCUAUUAUAUGCACAUUUUGGGGCAAUAUAAGAAUGAGAGCCAAAAGUAGUAGCUGACAACUUUAUUUAUUCGGCCAUAGUAUGCAAGCUUCUUAUUAUUUAAAUCUGUAGGCUUUUAACAAAAGUAAUGAUGUAUGUGAUUAUGAUAUCAGUGUUAUAAUUAGAUAUUUGGGCUCUUCAAAAUUUUAUGGAUAAUUCAGAGAAUUCACAAUUUUAUUGAUUAAAAAAAUGUUUACCUACUGGGAAGAUAUUUAUGAAAUAGGGCUUUCAUGAUUUGGCAUGUGAAUGAUAAAAUUUACACAUAGUUAAUUGGAUGCAUAAUUGGGUCAUGAAAUCUCUAAAGUGACACUACCAGAAAUUUAGUAGCUUUGUUUUCAAGACAAUCAUUGGUCUGGGAUGAUUAAUAAAAGCUGUCUUAAGAGAUUCUCUUAAAAUAUUCCUAGUGUAUUAAUCAUACUGUUUGUGGAAUUGAGGUAAACCACACCAUUAAGAGGAUAAAAUGUAAUUUGAAGAGGCAGUUAAAAGAUUUGUUUCAGACCCCAUCAUAAAAAUAAAGAUUGGUGUGGAAUAUCA